ACGCUAUGUUCACACUUUCAAAGGCGGGUCUGAGUCACAAUUGGACAAUUCAAAACCUAUUUCACCUCUUUAUGCAGUACACAGCGACUCCGUAGAUGGAGCAGACACGGCUGUUAGAGCGAUACCGUCGCGAUCGUCGCAAGCUGUUAGAAUUCCUCUUAUCGUCGGGUUUGAUCAACGAAGUUCGAAACCCAUCUAGCUCCACCGCCUCAUCGGUUUCGGACAUUGAUGUAGAUUCUCUCAGCGCCGAUUAUCUCCUUCAUUGCAUCACUUCCGGUGGAGUACUCAAUAUUUCUGAAGUGGCAAAAAAGGACUCUGUUGAAUCUCCUUAUCCAAUAAUGAUUCAUUCUCAGCACGGGAACUCCUACUUUCUUCUUUCAGAUCCAGAUUCUGCUGGGUCGCCUCCUCGGCGUGUGCCUCCUUCAGUUAAUGUGAGCAGAACAAAUAUCCAUUCUGUGAUUUCACCUACUGAGCUGGAAUCUUUGAAUGCUUGUAGAGCUACUACAUCUAGAGAUGAAAAUGGCCCAAAAAGUAAAGGGGUUACAACUGCAGCUGUGAGGCCUGCAGAAAGUUCAGUAAUUCCUACACUUGGGUUACCUCGUCUUAAAACAGGAUUGUCGGAUGAUGACUUACGUGAAUCAGCCUAUGAGUUACUGCUUGCAUCCGUAUACUUUACUGGCAUUGAAGUAUGUUCGGUUGAAGAUACAAAGAAAGACAAGAGUUCUAAAUUUUUGUCUGGUUUGAAAAGCAAGAGGGGUAAACAUUCACAGUCUCAGGCUUCAGAAAGACAUUUGGAGCUUAUUGACACCAUUUGUGUUCAGAUGCAGAUUUCAGAUGCAAUGGAUACAUGCACUAGGCGGAAUUUGAUGCAGCUGGCUGCAAGGAAAAUGACUGGACAAAUUGACCUUCCUCAUAUAUCUCUGGGACUUUUGAAUGGAAUUUUCAAAUCAGAUUUUCCUAAUGAAAAGUCUUACAUGCAAUGGAUGAAUAGGCAGGCAAAUAUAUUAGAAGAACUCCUUUGUUGCCCUGGUAGUCUUACAGCAAGUGAAGAUCUUACCAUCAGAAGUUGUCUCGCAAAGAUCAGGGACGCAAAUGAAUGGGACACUGCAAUGUCUCCUUUUGAACGUGUUGCAGCGAUAGCAUCUAUUAAACAGGUGGCCAUAAAGUUGUCAUCUCUACCUGGAGAAUACGGUGUGCAAGGUGAAACCUAUUAUUGGACUGCCGGCUAUCCUUUGAAUAUCCGAAUUUAUGAGAAAUUAUUGUUCAUCGUGUUUGAUGUUCUCGAUGAAGGGGAGAUCAUCGAGGAAGCUGAUGAAGUUCUUUCAUUUGUCAAAUUAAAUUGGUGUACACUGGGUAUCACUCAGAAGAUGCAUGAUGCACUAUAUGGGUGGGUCCUUUUUCAACAGUUUGUUGGUACAGAAGAAGGCAUGCUACUAGAAUAUGCAGUUACUGAGGUCGCUAAAGUUCUCCUUGCUGAAAAAGAUAGUGAAAAGGAAGCACAAUAUAUGAAGAGCUUGGUAUGUUUUAGGGAGUGCAAGGGAAGCGCGUUAAAGUUAAGUCUGGUGCAUGCUGUUUUCCUCUCAAUAGGCAUUUGGUGCGACGGUACACUAAAUGACUAUCAUCAGUAUUUUGGUCAGAAGCCUGGUACCUUCAAGAGGUUGAUGGAUUUGGUUUCAGCUGUUGGAAUCCCUAUUUCGGUUGAGUCUGGUGAAAUAAAGUUAUCCAGAUUAAAUGAUUUGACAGAUGAUGCUGCUAGAAAACUAAGCACAUAUGUCGAGAAAUCCAUUGAAGCUGCCUAUAGGAGGGUAGUGAGUGCAUUAGCUCUUGAAUCUCAAGUGGAAAAGACACAUUACCUGGCGUUGCUUGCAAAUGGUGUAAGACAGAUUGCUGAAAGAGAAUUCAGUGCUUUUUCCCCAGUGCUACGUCAAUGGUGUCCUGAAUCUCUGAUGAUCUCAGUCACGUUGUUGCAUCAAUUCUAUGGGGACACACUGAAAUCGUUCCUCAGGAGAGUGUCAUCUUUUUCUGAAGAUGUUAGAUUGGUGCUUUCGGCUGCUGACUCGUUGGAUCAUUACUUGACCCAGCUAUACGUUUCUUCUUCUGAAGAAAAUACGCUCAGUCACCCUUUCAAGCGAAAUUUGAGCCAUUAUCAGAUUGGGGAAGUGUGUGGACCAAUGAUUCUUGAUUGGCUUAUUGCCCAGCAUGAUCAUAUCCUGGAAUGGACUGGGCGUGCAUUUGACCUUGAGGGUUGGGAGCCUUUGUCGAACCAGAAAAAAUAUGCAUCUUCCAUAAUUGAAGUUUUUAGGAUUAUAGAGGAGACCGUGGAUCAGUUAUUUGGUUUCGAUCUCCCUUUGAAUAUCACUCAUUUACAGGCUCUGCUAUCUGUCAUUUUCCACAGCUUGGAUGCCUAUCUACUGAGAGUACGCAGACAGUUAGUUGAGAAGAAUAAUCUCUAUCCACCAAUUCCUCCUUUAACUCGUUAUGAGGAGACAGUUUUGCCAAUAAUUAAGAAAAAAUUACUUGAGUCCAUGCUUUUGGAGGAUGGUGUGAAGCUGAAAUUGAAUGAGUUGACAAUACCAAAGCUUUGCAUCAGGUUGAACACACUUCAAUAUAUCCAGAAACAGAUUGGGGUUCUGGAAGAUGGCAUCAGAAAAUCUUGGGCGCAAGUGAGACCAUCUCUUGAUCCAAAACAAGACCAAAUUUUGGAAAUGGAUUUUCUCACACACGGUGAAGCGAUGGAGGAACUCUUCAUUACAACCUUUCACAGCAUCAGGGAUACUGCAGCUUGUGCAGUCAGCAAAAUUUGUGACUUCACUGGUACAAGGUUUGUGUUUUGGGACAUGAGAGACACUUUACUGUUUCAUGUUUAUCGUGGUAAUGUUGAAACUGCUCGCUUGGACAUUGCUAUUCCUCACAUUGAUAGGGUCCUUGACCAUAUAUGUUGUUUGGUGGAUGAUGAUCUCCGAGACUCAGUUGUUUUAAGUAUUUACAAAGCAACACUGGAAGGUUUUGUUUGGGUUUUACUGAACGGAGGUCCCUCUCGUGCUUUCUCUGAUUCAGAUAUUAGAGUGGUGGAGGAUGACCUGGAUAACUUGAAGGAAUUCUUUAUCGCUGAUGGAGAAGGUCUUCCUCGUUCAUUAGUUGAAAAAGAAGCGAAGUCUGCCAAGCAGAUACUGAGCUUAUUCUCCCUAGAGACUGAAAUUGUAAUUCGAAUGUUGAUGAAUGCAAGUGAACACAUAUCAACGGGAACAGAUUUACAGAAUUAUGAUCAUACUCACUUGGAGGAUGCGCACACUUUGAUACGAGUCUUAUGUCACAAAAGAGAUAAAGAGGCCUCCAGAUUCUUAAGAAGAAAAUAUCAGCUCCCAAUGUCUUCAGAGUACGAUGACACUCUUGGAGAAAGAAGUUUGAGAUCAUCUGCUGUAUCAGAUCUUCUUAAGCAAAGCACAUCAUUUCAAUGGACCAAGAAUGGUCAUACUAGUUUCAAAUCAAUAAAGCAGAAGUUUCAUGAAGCAACUUCCGAUUUUAGAAACGUGACAUGGUAAUCUUGCUACAACAAGAAAGUCAUUUAUUUAUAUAGUUUUAACAAUUAUCAGAAGUAUUUGUUUUGUUUGUAUGUCUUGACUGCAACAACAAACUUCAAUAUAUAGUGUAUAUUUCGAAAUUUGAUCAUUUAGUGUUGUUGAAAAAUACAUGACGAGAGUAUUUGCAUGA